UCAAUCACUAAUGGUGGUCUGUCCAAAUUCUUACAUUCUCUAACGGAAAAAAACUUGUCAUCUCCCUUAUAUAUUAAUUCUCUCCUUGUCCAGUUCUCUAUCUUCAUAUAUUUCCUCCAACGUGAAUCUUUAAUACGAACCAUAUCUCCUUCCUUAGUUUCUGUUCAACAUAUUUUCUUGUUAAUCUGUACCAUAAAUCUUGAUCGUGUUUGCCAGAAAUUAAGGAAGACGGGCUUUCGAGUUCGAAUUAGGUUUUCUCAACAGUGUCUUCUUCAUAUAUUUAGAUACUGUGGUAUUCCAUAUAUAUAUAUAGAUCAUGUGCAGCAGAGGCCAUUGGAGGCCUGCUGAGGAUAUGAAACUCCGGGAAUUAGUCGAACGAUAUGGACCUCAUAACUGGAAUGCCAUAGCUGAAAAGCUACAGGGAAGAUCAGGGAAAAGUUGUAGGCUGAGAUGGUUCAAUCAGUUGGAUCCAAGAAUAAACCGGAAUCCAUUCAGCGAAGAGGAAGAAGAGCGGCUUCUUGCUUGCCACCGGAUUCAUGGGAACCGGUGGGCUAUAAUUGCUAGGCAUUUUCCAGGACGAACUGAUAAUGCUGUGAAGAAUCACUGGCACGUUAUCAUGGCACGAAAAUGUAGAGAGACGUCGAAAAUUUACGCGAAAAGAGCUAAUUCACAAGCAUUGGAUUGCGAUCGAGAAUCGCCCUCAAAGCAUGUCAAAGAAAUGAGCUUUACUCCUUCAUUUGUAGACAGAUAUUCCAAGAAAUUUGAUUGCCCACAAAUAUAUAACCUGAAACCUAUGUAUUGGAAGGAGCUCCAUCCUGACACUCUUAUUCAUCAUAUGAAGAUCGAUCAAGAUAAAAGUCAGGCAGUGGAGUUCUAUGAUUUUCUCCAAGUAAAUACAGAAUCGAACAAAAGUGAAGUGAUAGACCAUGCAAAGAAAGAUGAUAUUGAAGUGGAGCAGCAGAAAAAUGGCUUACCAUAUAUAGAUUUCUUAUCAGCGGGAGGCUCCUCCUAAUUAAUUUGGCUCACUUUUUUCGAGCUUAAAUUAUAUAUGUUUGGUAGAGUAAAAUAAGCAAGAUACUGCAUACAAUCCACUUUACCAAACGAGCCUUAGUUAGGUCAUCCUGCAUAUAUAUAUGUAUGUAUGCAUUUACAGGAUUCAGAUGCUGCAUGCAUGAAUGAGAAAUAUACAUAUACCUGUAAAGGUAAUUGUGCUGUGUUUUCAAGUUUUAGUGAACAAAAAAUGAGUUACUCCUUGUGUUUA